AUGGCAAACGUGGAAGAACGACUUCAACAGUUAGAAACCCAAGUUGAUGGUGUUGCGCGCCUGGCCUCGGCCACGGCAAAGGGUACUGGCAAGGACUGGGCUGGAAGGGUGGUUGUAUGCUUCGGUACGGGGGCGUUCAAAGAGAGCAUUCUGGACUGCCUACGUCAGUGGGAAACCGGGGCGGAAGCAGCCAGGUUGGCAAAGGCAGAGGGGGGUGCUGCGAGCGGUGCGGCGGGGACUGGCAAUGAGGGCGGCAGGCCACCGCCGCUCAAAAUGCAGUUGUUCACAAAGGUGGUGGAACAGUUGGUCCGGCAGGGUGUGGGUGAGCCGGUGGCAAGCACGCUGCGACACACACCGCAGACGGCGGUUGAAUCUGCGUAUUGCAAGAAUCCCGAAGCAACGGACGAACGCCCGGUCAUAUUUACGAUCUCCUUCAAAGGAAACAUCGAAGGAUUGGCGGCACGAGGUGCUCUCGACAGCCAGACAGUUCGUGAUGCUAUUGCCAAACGUGGUGGCCAAUUCCCACAACUUGGCUUACGCCCUGGCCGCUACUUACCGGGGGUUCUGCGUCGGGAGGUCCUCUCAAGCUUGGGGUACACUGAAACGGAGAUCCAGGACUACUUUAAGGGCAAAGGCGGCAAGGGUGCUGGCGGAAAAGGCAAGGGUGACGGGCCUGGGGCGGCGGGAAAAAGGGAGGCUGGGCAGCGGCUGUCGGUGGCUAUGCAGAGGGAACACAAGCAACGGAAGGCGUAG